CUUACCUGAGCAGACAGUCUAAGGUGUGCAGGGGUGGGGUGUGUGGGAUGCAGUGGGGAGUUCUGCUCCACACAGUCACUCAGGGGCCCAGGCUGAUGGAGGCUCUGCUGUCUGCCACCCCUGCUUUCCAAGGUCACCCUGGGCAUUGGCCUCGAGCCAGCAGAAGAGAGAAGAGCGAGGGAGGAGAUACGACAUCACGGUGGGGACGCGGUGCCUGCGUGUGGGUGCAAGGGGCUCUGGGAACACGGUCCUUGCUGGGGCAGCUGCCUGCCAAGUCGUGACCACAUUACGGAAGAGGGCAAAGGACUCCUUGCUGCCCGCUAGCCUCUUCAGACCUAGAGGAGCAAGAGAGUAGGCCGAGAGAAAAUCUCUAACUGAAGAGACGUCCCAGGUGCCAGCAGUUAGCUUCCAGCCCGUUCCUCCUCUGCCCCAUCCCUGGGCCCAGCCGACGGGCAGCUCUGGAUCUCGCCCGCAGGUGGGAGCACCGUAGGCAGCUUCCUGGACAGAGAUGAACGAGUCAGGGGUUCCUUCAGUGGAAGCAGACGAGCGUCCUGCGUUGAGGACCUGCUGAUGGAUGAAGAAUAUAUAAGGAAGUCCUUGGCAGUUUGAAUCCCGGUGCGACGACGGAGUAGGCGGUGGGAUCUUGCUGGCUGUCUGACUAGUCCUUUCUCUGCCUUGCUUGUUUGAGCUUCAGCAGAAUUCAAAAUGGCUGGCGGUAAGGCUGGGAAGGACUCCGGAAAGGCCAAGACAAAGGCGGUUUUCCGCUCACAGAGAGCCGGCUUGCAGUUCCCAGUGGCCCAUAUUCAUCGACACCUGAAAUCUAGGAUGACCAGUCAUGGACGUGUGGGUGCGACUGCCGCUGUGAACAGCGCAGCCAUCCUGGAGUACCUCACCGCAGAGGUACUUGAAUUGGCAGGAAAUGCACUGAAAGACUUGAAGGUAAAGCGUAUUAUCUCUCGUCACUUGCAACUUGCUAUUCUUGGAGAUGAAGAAUUGGAUUCCCUCAUCAAGGCUACAAGUGCUGGUGGUGGUGUUAUUCCACACUCCCACAAAUCUCUGAUUGGUAAGAAAGGACAACAGAAGACUGUUUAAAGGAUGCCUGGAUUCCUUAUUAUCUCAGGACUCUACAUACUCUUUUUUUUUUUUUAAUUUAUGAUAGUCACAGAGAGAGAGAGAAAGAGAGAGAGGCAGAGACAUAGGCAGAGGGAGAAGCAGGCUCCAUGCACCGGGAGCCCGACGUGGGAUUCGAUCCUGGGUUUCCAGGAUCGUGCCCUGGGCCAAAGGCAGGCGCCAAACCGCUGCGCCAUCCAGGGAUCCCCAUACUCUUAACAGCUGUCCAGUGUUGGUGAUUCCAGUGGACUGUAUCUCUGUGAAAAACACAAUUUUGCCUUUUUGUAAUUCUAUUUGAGCAAGUUGUAAGUUUAAUUAGCUUUCCAACACACCAAAUUUCUGCAUUUGAGUCGUAACCAUAUUUUAGUGUUACUGUGGCUUCAAAGAAGCUAUUGAUUCUGAAGUACUGGGUUUUGAUUGAGUUGACUGUCUUUAAAAAACUGUUUGGAUUUUAAUUGUGAUGCAGAAGUUAUAGUAACAAACAUUUGGUUUUGUACAGACAUUAUUUCCACUCCAGUGGAUAAGCUCAAUAAAAGUCAUAUCCAAAAAAAAAAAAA